AUGAGCGAUGUCGAUUCCUUUUUCGAUUUAGAACUGAAUACAUUGAGCAUCAACCGCAAGUUGUUGCACCGGCAAUCUUCGUGCAGAGAUUCCUGCGAUGUGGCAGCACAGGACGCUGUGGUCUUUUGCGAUCAUAUCUUUGAGAAUGUCCUGAGUUCGUUAUCAACGGCGGUCUUCUCGAUCGCGCCUGUCUCUUCCCGCAGCAAAAUUAAAACGGUAUGGUACGUCAAGCACAUGCUUCGGUUGAUGCCACAGAGAGUUGUUCUGAAGCAGUCUAUACCGAGAACGUUGGUCGCUACCUGGGAAGACAACAAGAUAGAACUAUCUCGAAAUUAUGGCCGACAAGUGACAUAUCACGUGGUUCUUCACGAGGAAAAGUGCAUGGACUUGCGCUCAGAGCUUGUACAUGGAAACCGAGGUGGACACGCUCCUUGUGGCUACGCUCAGCGGCUCAUAGGCCAAGGCAGUAAAUGGUGGAGUUCACUCACUUGGAUUGUUCGUCACAAUACUUUCCUAUGGUCGCUGAGAACACAGUAUCAGCCAUCUACGGGCUUCCUCAAGCCAGUCCUUCCUGCGGGAGAGAAUCCGAAUGAUGUGGCCGCAUUACCCGUUGUUUGGAUGGAAGGGCUGACCAACUCGUCUAACAAGCGGCAGAAGCGAAAUUGGACACAUUAG